AUGCUGAUAGAUUGGAUCGAAGAGCUAAAAGCUAAGCAUAAUAAGGCUGAACCGGUGAGUGACGUAACUAUAGAGACUGAUAGAGGAGAGAGAGAGAAGAGUGAGGAAGAUGGUGUGGAUGAACUCUGUGCCCUGAAGGAUGCAAUAACUGAAGAAGAAAAAAAAGAAAAGAGUGAGGAAGAAGGUGUAGAUGAGUUUUGUGCUCUGAAAGAUGCACUAACUGACAGAGAAGAGAAUGAGAAGAGUGAGGAAGAUGGUGAUGAGUAUUGUGCUUUCAAGGAUGCACUUGAGGAGGCAACGACAUUUUUCCAGAGUAUAGGUAAAUAUCAACAGAAGUUGAUGCUUCAGAAGCUAACAAACCUUGGAGCUCAAAGAAAAAAAGAGUGGAUGGCGUCAACAGGUUGCACAGAUCUCAUGUGGUGGAUGGUGUCGUCCCCACUCUUUUCAUCUUGGGGACAUCCCUGA